ACAGGAAUUAUUGCUUGGUUGUUAAUAAUUCAUUGAUAAACUGGAUCAAAAAAACGUUCGGAUAACUGCAUUCGAUAAGCGUAUUUGAAGACCUAUAUAAAGGGAGACAAACCAGGAUUUGGAGAUCAUGUAUUUUUGCCUUGACAACAAAGAAGAGGACGUCCCAUUUCUAAAAAGAAAUUUUAUCCACACGCGACAUGUUGCCUAGCAGCAGAUUCUCAUUUUUGGUUCUGUUGGUCUCGGUGCUGACGCUACACUAUGGAGCCUCUGACGACACAGACCCUUACGUACCCGGCCCGUACAAGACUGCAGAGUUCACCAUUACCCCUGCCGAUGAUGGGGCGCCCAUGCAUACUACUGUUUACUUCCCUCUGACACACGGUACCUUCAAACCAAUCAUAUUCAUCGGCGGGUUUAACGGCAUGAUGUCUGCUGAGUAUUACUCCGUUCUCAUGCAUGCAGUAGCUGCCCACGGCUAUGUGGUCAUUGGUAUGGAAGCCAUGCACCCUUACCCUCCAGAGAUGGUUUUUAAGGCUCACUCUCGACGUCCUUCCAAAGUCCAUGGGACAUGGGACUUUGGUGUUUCCGACCUUGAGAACGCCUACCAAAAAUACUUCAAUCAGACUGCAUGGCUUCAGGCCAACAUCAACAACCGGACAUACGCCAUCCCGGACUGGAACCAGAAAGUUCUCAUGUGCCAUUCCUCCAGCUGUGACUACACCAUGGAGAUGAUCAAUCAGGACAAUGAGUUUGCAAAGGCGUCUGUUUUCAUUGACCCCGUUAGCGCCCACUCCGUCGAGAUGAAGCCCAUUCCUGCAAAGGUCAUGACCUUGGCCUACAUGUCCCAGCUGUCUGAGAGGUUCCCCGACUGCUGCAUCCCGGGGCUGGGCUACAAGAAGAUCUACAGUCUCAUGACCUGUGUCAAGGUCAGAAUGCAGGCCCAGAAUAUGGGCCAUUGCGACGUGCUGGAUCGGGAGCUGUGGGAUA